GCGGAGAGGAUGACCGGCCGCUCGGACUCCUAAACCACAUCAGACAGGCUCAAACCAUCUCAAAUAAACUUCUGUUGCAUACUCAGCGUUUCUGCAUUGUUUGGUCCUCGGAUGGAUUCGCUCCACAUCGGACCGGUGGUUCCGACGCCGGACCCGACCGGCAGCGCACCUUGGAAUAUCAGCUCCAUCAACCCCCACCGGCUCAUAGAGGCGUCUCCAGUGGCUCCAGCUGGCGCUAUCGUCCCAGGCUAUGUGUUUCCAACGGUAAAUGUCCCUGAUCACGCCCACUACACCAUCGGCGUUGUUAUCUUGGCUGUAGGCAUCACAGGCAUGCUGGGAAACUUCCUGGUCAUAUAUGCCUUCAGCAGAAGUCGGAGUUUGCGGACGCCUUCCAACAUCUUCAUUAUCAACUUGGCAGUUACAGACUUCCUUAUGUCUGUCACCCAGGCACCCAUCUUCUUCAUCAACAGCAUGCAUAAACACUGGAUAUUUGGAAAGAAAGGGUGUGAACUGUAUGCUUUCUGUGGAGCACUGUUUGGUAUUUGCAGUAUGAUGACACUGAUGGUGAUUGCAGUGGACCGAUAUGUUGUCAUCACCAGACCUCUGGCCUCUCUUGGAGUGAUGUCUCACAAAAAAGCUCUCUGCUUUGUAGCUAUAGCCUGGGUCUACUCCAUGGGCUGGAGCCUUCCACCUUUCUUUGGCUGGAGUGCCUACGUCCCUGAGGGUCUAAUGACUUCUUGCUCUUGGGAUUACAUGACCUUCACCCCUUCCGUGCGAUCGUACACCAUGUUGCUCUUUACAUUUGUUUUCUUUAUUCCUCUCUUCAUCAUCAUCUUCUGCUACUGCGGCAUCUUCAGAGCCAUCCAACACACAACACGAGCGGUGACAAAGAUCAACUGCGAAGGUAAAAGAAACUCUGCAAAGAAGUUCCAUAAAAUGAGGAGUGAAUGGAAGAUGGCUAAAAUCGCCUUAAUUGUCAUCUUACUGUUUGUCAUCUCCUGGGCCCCUUACUCUUGCGCAGCCCUUACUGCAUUUGCAGGGUACGCCGACAUGUUGACUCCUUACAUGAAUUCUGUUCCUGCUGUGAUCGCCAAAGCUUCAGCUAUUCACAACCCCAUCAUAUAUGCUAUCAUGCAUCCUAAAUACAGAUCAGCCAUCAGCAGAUACUUACCAUAUCUGGGCACGUUGCUGUGCAUCACCGGCAGGGACCGUUACAGCAGCAGCAGCCUCCGGUCCACACGUCGAUCAACACUGACCAGCCAGUCAGAGAGCAAAGGCCCCGGCAGGCACCACAACUCUUCCCAGUCCGAGAGCGAAUCAGCGCACUUCUCGGACACCGAGGAGGACUGCUCUUCUCGGACACCUGACGGUCGUCACUUGUCCGUUGAUGUCAAACAGGUGCGCCAUGCCAGCCAGAGAUCAAAGGUGAGUGGUCACAGCGCAGGAGAGUUUGAGAGAACUGCUGCCCUCAACCCCACUGACCCGGCCAUUUGUCAUCUUUCACAGCUCACUACUCUGACAGAGCCUGAAGACAUCUGCAUGUCGGAGAUCAGCCGGCAGCCAACCAGCCAUCUGCCCGCUAGUUUGGAUACUAUGACGAGGGAGUCUGGACUGAAAACAGCGUCCAGGAAUACAUCAUCCAUCAUCGUCACCUCCAUUUCCUCCCCAUCCAUACUGCACAGUCCUCCUGGUUUCCACGGCAGCCUCAAAGUGGCCAAAACGGUCACUCCGGUUAGUAAGGAGCUUCUCGACAUCGCCAGGCUGGAGACAACGGUGUUACCAUGAACAGUUUGCAGUAAAGUUUAGUAUUGUGUCACCAUGUCUCCCUUCUUGGGAGUAACCUCUACCAGCAUGCCAUUUGAUAGGUAAGACUGGUAACUUUUGCAUGCAGUGAAAAUGUAUGUGAGCCUGAAUGCACAGAAAAUGUUGGUGAUUUUGGUCUUUUGUAUUAUAGGCAUGGGCCAGUUUCUAGUUUUAAUAAAUAAAGCCGCAGUUUUAAAAAGUCACAAAACUUGGCAUCUUGCAGUCCUGCUGUUUAAACUCUUUUAAGGAGAUGCCAAACACUGUGCAGGGUUUUCUUUGCUCGUUUUCUAAGACGUCUGAGCAGCUUAAUCGCCCUCGCCUGUUGCUGCAACCUCUCAGUGUCGUAUGAUAACUAAAGUUGGAAAAAUCACCUCCACUUUUUGUUGGUACCAUUGUCAGCUAUUUGGCAUUUUUUCUAGUGGUGAAAAAACAUCUGUAGUCAUGCUUGAACAAUUAUCCAGCAAAUCUAAAUUUGUCAUUCUGUGCAACAAGAAGGCCAGCUGUAGAAUAGGUCUGAUGUGACUUUUUCAGUGACUCAAAUGCUGGAUUACAAAAAGAUCCUUAAGGUGAGAUUGUUGACUCGACACAUUUUUGUCUUCACAUGUGCACUAAAUUAGUUUUCAGUGUGUAAUAAUAACUAUACAAAGGUAGUUAUUAAAUAAUCCUAAAGAUAUUAAACUGAAAGUAAUAAUUCAUUGGGGAACCACCUGGAAACCAGGAACAAAUAACUAACAAUAUUUGCAUUGGUAUUUAUUGUUUCUUGGUCUGUAUCUGUCAAUCUGUACCAAUACGUCAGCUGCGGUCCAGAUUAAUGAAGGGUUGAAUUCAAGGCGUUAAACCAGCAACGAUCACAGCGCACAUAUGCAAAAGAUCCUUAAAAACGAUAACCAGAUUUAUUAAAGUUAAAACAAUAACUAAAAUCAAUUAUGAUGAUUUAAUGGGGACCACUGAUUAGCUUCACUUAACUUAUUUAAGUAUGAAGCUCACUUAAGCUAUGAAUGCCAAUCUCUGCAUUGAAAAAAUAGCAACAUGAACAAAUAUUAGAAUUAUUAUUCUUUUAUGUAUCAUAAUAUACCAAUACAUUCUGUUGGUAAAAUAAAUAAAGUAAAAUAAACAGGCUACUGCUAUCAGCCAUACAAGCAAGGCACUAGCUAAACUGCUCAAUAGUCAUUCUGUGCACCAUAAAUGUUUAUUUUACAACUGAAAAAACCAUUUAUAUUGGUGGAACUAAAUGCACACAAAUUUGAAAAUAAAAGGUGACCAUUUCUUUUUGGGAUUCAGACACUAUUUCUAUUUCAGGUUGAACUGGACCUGUGGGUCUUAUUAAAAUGCCAAACACCACACUAGAGCUGAUAACAAAGACACAGCGCUUCUUUACUGUGCUUUACAGAAUAUGCAUUUAUUGUAGGGUACUCCUUUAAAUAGAGCAGAUUAAUGUUAUUUCCUCAGACCAAUAAAAACAUUUUUAAUACAGAAGUGUGGGCUUUAUGAAAGGUAUGUUUAAUACCUGCUCAUAGGUUAUUUUUUAAAACGUACUUUUAAUCUGACAAAGGAGCCUCAUUGGAAAACAUAUUCUAAUUUAUUGAAUAAGACUAUCGUUUUGUGAUUUUAACAGCAGUAUAAGAGUACUAUCUCUCCUACUUUCAAGUAAAACUAAUUAGUUUACUAUAUUUUUUUAUUUUAGUUUUUUCUUUAAUUCCCAUUAUAAAAUUGUGGUAGUUUUACUCAUUAUCAUAGCACCAGAGACACACUGGCCCAUGCCUAAUUUGCAGAAGGAUGCUUUCCCUUUUCAUAUCAUUGUCACUGAAGAUGAUUUACCUCAAAGCUGAAAGGAACAAAUUCUAGCCUUGAAAUCACUGUGUCAAGGAUUGUUAAAAAAAUUGGCAUUAUUUAAAAAACAUGGUGUUAUUUACAGAAUGUAUUUCACCAUAAGUUUUGUUUUCUGAGUAUUUUUUCCUGUACUUAACCCAAGUGGUUUGUUCUUUUGGAUGUUUUUUGGUAAGAAACAUAAUUUGGUGACUAAAAAUCUCAGUCUUGUGAUACAUUUUGCACAUUGUGUAUGACCUAUACUUUAUAGGAAUUUUCUAGCUAUGUACCUAACUACUAAGAACAUGGAAAUAUGCAGUACUUCCAUAAGAAAAAAUUUAAGUCCUAAAAAAUGAUUCAUGCCGUCAAACCAAGCUCUUGUUUGUGAUAAUUUAAAGUCAAUUUAAAUGUUACAUUUUACUACUGUGGGAUAUAUAUAUACAUAUGUACUUUAAAUACAUAUAUAAAACGUUUAAAGUAAGAAUACCGUUAGAUGUCGUUCAACUACAGUUAAUUCUCAGCCCAAAAGAGCCUAAUCUGAGAGCUCACUGAUCAAUCAGAUGUUAUCAGAAGUCAGAACAAAAAGCAUACAUGUAAACAACCUUUACAAACAAAUACAAGGAGGAAUUUAUUUAGUAUAUAUUAGAAAACAUAUAUACAGUAUAUCAGAUAGCAAAAAGUGCUUAAUUGGAGAUUUUUUACUGAAUUUGUACCAUGUGUUAGUUAUAGCUUUUUAAUUUUCCUAAUAUAUAAUAUAAAAUUAGACAACUGGAACAAAAUGUCAUAUUUAAUGUAGGACGGAGGAAAGAUCAUUGUGACAAAAGAAACACCAGAGUGAGAUAUGAGCAAUGUAAAGACAUUUGCCAGACAGAUAAUAAAGUUAAAUAAUUAAAUAAAAAAGACAAAUUAAAUGAGAGAGAAUUAAUUAACCUCGAGUUAAAGUCAGGCUUUAGAGAUCGUUUGUUUAACUGACUAUGGUCAUAUGGAGCCUGGUUCUGCUGAACGUUUCUUCCUGUUAAAGGGAGGCUUUCCUUUCCACUGUCACCACAUGCAUGCUCAGUAUGAGGGAUUGCUGCAAAGUCAACGACACAAUGCAUUGUGCUGAGUUUCCUUAUAUAGAAAACAUUUCACCAAUUCGUUUGGUCUAUAGGAUUGUAUCUAAUUGACUUGUCUUUAUGAUUGAACUAAACUAGUGUUUGUAAAGUGCCUUGAGACAUUUGUUGUGAAUCAGCACUAUAUAGAUAAACUGAAUUUAAUUGAACGUACUGUAUUAUUUUUCAUUGCAAACUGUAAAAUCAGAUUUUUAUUAUUCUGCUUCAUCAAACAAAUUUAGAUCCUUCAAACAAUUAUGUACUCUAUGGCAGGGAAUUACAUAUCCUUUCAUGCUGUUUGGUGACACUGGCUUAUACUGUCUAAUUUCUGACGUACGAGGAUCAAUUUGGAAACAUAAAAAUGUGAAAGUGCUCUUCAUUUAUGCACCAGUAGCUUUCGGUAAUCUAAUGCUAUUUGCUGGUGAAAUAAGGCCUUUUAACUCCUUAGAGUAUUAAAAGGGUAUUGUAAAACAAAAUACACAUCAAUUUUGCAAUUAUAACUAAGAUAGUCCCAAUAUUUGUUUUUUGCGCACCUACUCAGGCUGAAGAAUAUAAAUCUCUUGACAGGCCACGGUGAAUAAUAUGUAAAAGUACAAAAUAAAUAUAAACCAUUGUUCCUGUGAUGGUCAAUUAUUUCUAAGGACAUCAUAUGGUCCAGGUCGGGCUUGGGAGCAUACUGAACCUGACUCUGUACAUAUUUGCCUUCUCUGUAAGACCAAAUCUGUGUUAUUACCUAAAUGAUAGCUUCCAAAUUAAUUUUAUUCUUUUAAUCAAUUUAGGCUCACUAUUUCAAAGCUCUUUCUUUCCACUUAUGUACAUUGCAGGUUCGGUUGAGAUUACUAUGAAUGCUGCAUCAUUGACUAUGAUUGUACGGUGACUGUCUUCUUCACACUUUAAAUUAAAAUCAGACACAAUGUUGACACUAUGGUGAAACGAUGAUCAAAAUGUAUUUACACUUGUCCUUUUUAGCAUUUUUAUCAGUAAAUCUGUAAAAAUUACAUAUAUUAUGAACAGUAUCGGUAAAUUGUUGUCAUGUUGACAGAUUCUGUAUGAAUAUUUUAGAUGUAUUGCAUUUAAAUUCUGUUUUAUUGAAGUGAUGAUUUCUGUGAUGUUGUCUCUGUACAAAAUGUUUGUGUUGUUUCUAUUUAUUUUUCUAUAAAAAUUAUGCCAAAUUCUU